AUGAGCCUGUGGGCAAGUUAUGUGUUCAACGGUGUUGGCAAAUGGGCGGCCUUGCAGGAGAUCGUGGAUCGAACAGACCCAUCAUCACUGCAGUACUCCACGUUCAGUGAGCUUCGAAACACAGUGUUUGUAAUCCACGGCUUCACAGAGAAAGGGGCUAGAUCUGAAUGGAUGGAAGAGAUGAAAGAUGCAUUACUGGCAGCAGGGAACCUAAACAUCUUCCUGGUAGACUGGGCAGCGGGUGCUAGGAACCUGUACACCCAAUCAGUUCAGAAUACAAGGGUGGUUGGCAGGGUAAUUGCCAGGUUUAUUCAGUUUCUGAACACAGAGACGGGGACCAGCUUCGACCAAGUGCAUCUUAUUGGUCACAGUCUAGGGGCGCAUAUUGCUGGUUACGCUGGGGCCUAUCAGCCCGGCAUUGCAAGAAUCACAGGUCUCGAUCCCGCUGGGCCGAACUUUGAGAACAAUGAUCCUAAAUGUCGCUUGGACCCAACAGACGCCAUAUUUGUUGAUAACAUUCACUCCGACGGGGAGACACUCCUUGAGCUUGGCAUGGGCCUCGAACAACCACUUGGACACGUUGAUUUUUAUCCGAACGGUGGCAAGGAGCAACCAGGGUGUCCCAAAACAGUUAGUGACAAACUGGAUGAUUUCGAGUCGGAGCUGAAGUGCAGCCAUUUUCGAGCCGUGUACUACUUCACAGAAAGCAUCCCGUCAACCGAAUGCCAGUUCACGGCUUACCCGUGUAGUGGUUGGGACAAAUUCCUUACGGGGCAGUGUGAGAGCUGUGGCGUCUUGGGAUGUCCGGUAAUGGGCUAUCGUACCGUCAACACGUUGGCAAGGGGAAAAUUUUACCUCAAAACUGCCAGUCAAGCACCAUUUUGCGAAGAAAUCUAGACUCCAGCUUGUUACUUUGAGGUAAAAUUGAACGAAGAAUAACUUCGGCUUAACUCGGAUAUAAUGUAGCCUCUGUGAGCUUCCUUUGACACUGCGAACUGCUAUAAAGUUCAUAUUGGUAGAAUUGGUCAUUCACUGAUUCAUUUUAAGCAUCCAUAAAUCAUUCCUUUUGUGUCUUAUUUUAGCAUAAAGAGAGGCACUUUGGCAAUUGACACCUUGGAUUUGUACCGCAGAGUUCACGAUGUACUAACCUCUGUAUCUCGUGCAAGGGAUCCCUAUGAUCAUUCCCAUGCAGGGGAUCCCCAUGGUCAUAACGGCCAAGGAAAGCAAUUCAUCGUCCUCCAUUUGCGGUCAAUUUCAUUCUAACACCGGGUGAGAGGAUUGGGCGUCUCGGUGUUUAUCAUGCCGAGACGUGCCGACAGACGGAGCGGCAAUGGCCUCGCAUCAAUCACAAAGCUGAUAGCUUCCAGACUGCAGCGCGUGGAUGUAUGUGUCAGUUCUGACAGUAUAGGGUCAUAGAGGAGCCCCCUGUGAAUAAAACGUGCAAGACUCCCUCUCUGGAACAUUUUGUAUUUAGAAGAUAAAAUGGGAGGCCUCGAGGAGAUGGAAUUGUACAGCUCUCAAACUUUCCAUUAAAAUGAGGGGCAGAUCGUGACAGUUUACCUCAUUCGUACAAUUACUUCACCAAGAAUAGCAUCCCCCAGAUUAAAAUAACGCUUAAACAAAAAAUUCACUACUUAUAAACCGCGGAUCCGGUAGUGGGGAUCAAACUCCAUCCCUCCAAGAAACGGAGAAAAGUGAAAAUAAUUGGGAAAUUAAAACAAAAAGUGAAAAAAUGCACCAAUAGCAUUGUAAACAGUGUCUGUCAUGUAAUGUUUCAUCAUCUUUUCCGCUGAGCCACAAAAAAAAAAAUAAAAAAUUAAUCUCCGACCCCACCCCCGGAAAAAUUCCUGGAUCCACCCCUUCUUAUAACUCUUUUAUUCACAGCCUACCAGUACCAAUUCCUGGUAGCAUUCAACCUUUUCAUUACUCUAAGCUGUAACUUAAUGGACAGGGAGGUCUUAAUAAUGGAUCACACGAAAUGCUUUUGUGUGACAAGGCAAAUGUUAUAUCCAAAUAAAAUAAAAGGACUUUGGAAUUUUCAUUCAAAUUAAAUCAUUUUGCUGUUUAAUCUUGUCAAUCACUGUUCCAACUCUGCGUCGUAAAAUAAACUGGAACUCCUCAAUUUAGUUGCUCGAAGAAAAACAAAACAGCUGGUAUAUCCCAACAUUACUGUACGCCUAUUUUGCUGUCUUUCUGCCUUACGGCCAUUUGUUAUUUGCUUUCGUUCCACCUGUCGUUAUAAAGCGAGGCCCUUUACAAAUUACGUUAAUUGAUCAGGCGGGGUUUGCGGGGUGGCCAGGAUGACUGCUUCUGUCGAUCAAAUUGACGCACAACAUCAAUAAAACGGGAAGGCCACAUUGUGUCUGUUUGGUGCGAGCAAAGAUUGGCAUUUGGUGUCCUUGCAUACUGAAAGCAAGUAUCGUCUUUGCCUACCGCAGCUGUACCAGCAGCUGCAUGAAGAGAGCCGCAGAUAUGAAACGGCACGUCACCCCAUGCCUGUAUCUCUCCGCUUUUGUUGGGUCACUAUUUUAUAACUUUAACAGCAAAGGAUGAGCGAAGGUGCCAAGCUGAAUCUACCAGCAUAGUCUAUUCAUUAUUUUGAAUACCUAUAUUUUCACACCCAAAAUUGCUCUCUGAAAGCGCACACUUUAAUAUCAAUCUCUCGGUCAAAAAUGAGAAUGGUAUAUUAUAACGCGUCAUCUAGACUGUCUCGAGUUAUUGUCAGCUGUGUGCCAGCAAGAUGUAAAACCGUACUUGUCAUACUAACGACAAUGGCUUGUCACACGAUUCUGAUGGGAGAGUUGCUGAAAUGACUUAUACAUCAUAUUACAUUAUCCGUGCAAUAAGAUAGGUGGUUCUAUUACCUACUUGACCCCUCUCCCAAAAGGUUAUCCACCUCUCAACCCCACAACAUGUACUUGCUGUGGCCAUUGCAAUUUGGUUUCUAUUUCCAAAACUGUUUCAACAGCACAAUUUUUUUCCUCUACUUGAUCUCCCAGUCCGAGAGGAUAUUGUACAUUUUUGUGUAGGUGGAUUACCAUUUCGACAGAUGGACCAACUUAAUAGGCUAAUCAGGGUUGCCAACGAAAACAGACACUCUCUCAAGAGAUUGUAAAACUGGAAUCGGCUCUUUUGAUCAGCAAGCUCUGCCGGAGGGGAGUAGGACAAUUUUUGCCAAAACAAUUAAACAGUACCAGAAUGGGGAAGAGAAUAAAUGAGAAAUAUGCUCUCUACUUUUAUUUUCUAAACGAUUGUUAAUAAUAACGGUGACAAUGCUUCAGGUGAAUCGUGAAUCGAGUUUGCCCCAGACGCACACGCAGCAAUCGAGCAGAAAAAGAAUCUAUAGUUUUUAACAACGGUGCAUGGUGAAAAUGAGUACCUGUUUCCUGCGCAUCGUCCGUGCUAACAAUAAGAAGUUUCAUCUAGUUGCAAGGGCUUGUGACUCCCAACCAUGGAUCUAAUUCCAGCUAAUGUGAUAGGGUCAUCGGUAAAUUUUUUCAGCUUGAUCUUUCUCCAAACUGGAGUGUGAGCGUUAAGGGCUGGACCUGCGCUGGAUAAAUAAUUAUUGGUCCCGUAGCCGGAUUAGCGAGAAUAAUAUUGAUUGUAAUAGCAACUUAGGCAGCAUUACUGUCGGAUAUGUGCAUUACACUUAUUAUUAGACGUAUAUUAUCAUAUCUAAGGACUUUGAAGCGUCUUGAAUAACGACUGACAAUAAAAUGCCAUCAAUCCAGAUGCAUUUCACGUGAAGUUAAUGUCAGUCUAUAUUGAAUGAUCUGCUGUGGAGGUGCCGAACUUGGGUCACCCGGGGAGGGUGGUGGGGGAUGGAUCAAGCUGCGGCGUAGCCAGGAUUCUGAGCACAGGAGGCCGAUAGGGGGCUUCACGCUAAAUUGGGGGGGGUGACUGGAUCUUGGACAUAUACAUGUACAUAAUCGUGAUCACAUAGUGAAAUGCAUGUGUACGGUUUCUGAAAUGCAAAGGGGGGAAGCGACUUGAGGGCGAUGAUUUUUUAUGAGGGGGCGUGCGCCCCCACGCCCCCUUACGCCCCCCCGCCACACAACUGGGAACA